UCCUGUGCUUUCAGUAUGGUCUGAUGUAGAAGCUUUCAAUUGGCUUCCAAAUGCAUUUUGCAAUUAUUAGGGAAGUUGAGUAUCAGGCUCUGUUCAUCUCCCCCAUGCACCAGAAAAAAACAAUAACACUCUCUGCGUAAUGAGAUAAUUACUGUCCCUUCGAGGCUCUUGGGAAAAGUUGCCUGUGCUUCGUGCUUAUGAGAUUAAGUGAGCUGGAAUCAUUCCCCAGAGGUUGGCUGGAUCCAGGCAGAACGAGCAAACCUGUUUGUGCCAUGUGAGAUGCUGUGUAACGUGGAGCUGCGCUUCCACCAGCAUCGGCUAGCCUUGCCCUUGCUGCUGGGAGGGAUCCCGUCUCCCACACGCUCGGUCCGCCCCGGCAAUGCAGCUCCAUCCUUACCGGCACAUCCCAGAGCUGAUUCCCCUCUGCUCUGCUCCCUUCCCCAGGGGAGGAUCUCACCAAAGCAGUUUAUGCUCCUUUUACACGGGCCCACCCGAGAGCCCUACGCCAGCAGAUCUUGCACCCAUCAGCUUCCCUGGAGGGCGCAGCGUCGCGCCCGAGACAGCUCCAGUUCAAUCAGCAGCCUCAGCGUAUCCAUGAGGAAACACAGGGGACGGGCCAGUGAUCUCAGUUGCUCUUCUGGAGCCAUUAUUGUUUAACUGGGCUCCCCGCUGAAGGGCGAGACAUGCGGUAGGAGCCAGCGCUUCCCACCAAAGAGCGAGACUUGGUCGUGCCGCACAGCCCAGGGCGCCGCAGGACAGACGGGACAUGCACCGCACCGGCUGCCUCCUCUCGGGACUCCUCCUCAUCCUCACUGUGACCAACACGGAUGGCUUUUCCCGGGCAGGCCGCAGAGUCUGUGCCGCGGCACCGGAGAACCAGGCGGCCACCUACACCGAGUCCCACGUCCAGCCCGUCUACCAGCCCUACCUCACCACCUGCCAGGGCCACCGCCUCUGCAGCACCUACAGGACCAUCUACAGGGUUGCCUACCGGCAGGCGUACAGGCAGCUGCCCCAGCCCGCGGCCUCGUGCUGUCCCGGCUGGAGCAGGGCUAACAGCCACGCGCUCAGCUGCAACAGAGCUCUCUGCUGGGUGCCAUGCCAGAACGGCGGGACCUGCGCCUUCCCCGGCAGAUGCGCCUGCCCACCCGGCUGGACGGGGCGAGCCUGCCAGACAGACGUGGAUGAAUGUGCCGGCCAGAGCCACGGGUGCCAUCAGCUCUGCAUCAACACGGCCGGGAGCUACCGCUGUACCUGCUGGGACGGCUUCACCCUCGCUGCCGAUGACAAGGCGUGCCAGCCCCUGGUGCCAGACCCUGGGCCAGAAACCAUCAGCCAAGCAGGUCCCCCCAGGGAAAUGAAGGAAGAAAUGAAAGACCUGAAGAGCAGAGUGGAAGCGCUGGAGCAGAAACUCCAUUUGGUGCUGGCCCCCUUCCACAACCUCAUGCCAUCUGCGCCGGAGGACGUCGGCGCAGACCCCAUCAGCCGGCUGUCCCACUCCCUCCAGCAACUGGACAGAAUCGACUCCCUGAGCGAGCAGAUCUCCUUCCUCGAGGAGCGGCUGGAGACGUGUAAGUGCCUGGACAAGGCAGGGUUGAAGUAUUUCACUCCAUUCACACUGGCCAUGGUGAGCAGAUGCGGGCCAGCGAGAUCAGUAACACAUAUGCCACUAUUAAUCUAUAUCUCCCUCAAGCUCAUCAGCCUGUAAUUAAUAAAAGAUGAACACAAACAGCCCAUUAGCUUCAUUUCAAAGCUGUUUCUAUGGCUGCACCAUCUGACUGUCCUUGUAGCAGCCAAAAAUCGUGAUCGGCCCGUGGAAACGUGGCUCUGGGGCAGAAGCAGAGGGAGCCCACUGAGCAGUGGGGUAUGUCUGGCCAUCAGUACCCUCACCAGCUCUGUUCCCUUCCUGCACCGUUAUAACUUAGUCCUUAGAAAAGAAACCUCAACUGUUAGGAAAUUAACAGUCCGAAGAGUCAAUCAGGAAAGUUUAGGGAGCGUGCAGAGGCUGGCGGAUUUACGAGCCUGGGAAGUUUUAGGCAUUUCUUUUUGAAGUCUACAGACCAACCAGUUCUCUGCCAGGCAGCGGACCAGAGAGGGUUCCCAAGUAGCAAACUCUGAAGAAGAGACGCUGGUGGGAGCUGUUGUGUGUGAAAUGACCAUAGGCGGGGGGGGUCCUGCCUGGUGUGCUCCCCCACAGCACCGCAGAGUGGGGCAGCAUCCCCUCGGGUCCCUGAGGUGGGUGCAACGCUCUCCCUGGAGCAUGUGGCUUGACUCAGAGUAGAGCACAAACUGUAGGAACUCUGUGUUGAUAGCCAGCUCUUUGCAGCUCAUUUUCCCAUUAAAUAAUCCCAGUGAAACGCCCAGAAACUAGGCACAGCCGGGGCGUUUUUCAGGUGCUGGUGUGCAGCAGCAGCCUGGCGCUCAUGGGUGCUUGGAAAGACUUAAGGGGAAACUGUGUUUCAGGGCAUAUCCAGUCCCAGUUCACUGCUUGCAGUAAUGGCUUAGAUAUAAAAGACUUCAAAGGACUUGUUUGAAGACUAAGUAGCUGCAAAUAGACACUUAGAAAACAUCUCAGAAAGGGGUAAUCAUCAGAACCACUGAGCGUUCAGGCAGACAGGGUUUCCUAGUAUUGCCCUGCACAUAUUAUUAGUGACAGGAAUGUGAGCUGUAUCACAAGGUAACAUGGAUUUAUUCCAAGGGAUGACUCCAAAGUCCUGAACUUUACUUCUGCCAAGCCUGUUCGGGCAAACAAAACUUGUUUUUGUCUCUCUCGUGGUCUCGGGAGUCCGCAAGUCUGUCCUUUCAUACCCCAGCAGCACUGGGGCUUGCAGGGCAUCCCACGGAGACUUAAGUAGCCAUCCGCUUUCUGCACCUUGCAAAGCAUUUCACAACUGAAUACAAAGGUACAGCUGCACCCUCCAAUUAUCUGCCUUGUGGGGAUGUGUGUAAGGACUAAAAAUCAUUUUCUCUUCCUUAAACACCAGUGAAGGCACAAGAUCAGACCUCUGUACGCCCUGUUUCAGCCCAAGUCUGAAUUACCCCCGGCUCAGCACAGGCUGGUGACCACGUGUUGAUGCUCAACUGUGACACUUACACCCUGUUAGUGGCCCAACAGACCCCCAGCUGCAUGCAGCUGUGCCGCAGCCACCCCGCACGGUCCCUUCCCCAGCCCACGGAGCUCCCCAGACACUGGGGACUUUGGUGACCAGCAGCGCCUGUGUCCGAUUACUGUCACACACAGAGCCACCCGCUGUGUCUGCAGUGGGACGGGCCGGUCCCAGCCUCCCAUCCUGGAGCAGCCAGUGUUACUGUCACUGGCUUUCCCACUUCCUCAGGACACUUUGCGCAGGACUUCCCAGGCCCAGCUGAGGCUGUUGAGGAUUACGGCAUGCCGGGGAGGAGAGCGACGCUCCCAAGUGUGUCAGGACAGAGCCAGCCUAGGGGUGUUCGGCAAAGGGAAAGCAGCAAGUGUGGGUGACAUUUGCAGAGGCUGAGGGCAACCUCAUCCUUCUUGGGGAAAGAGAUGAACCAAACCCAGAACCCAGGCUAACAACAUUCCUAGAUUUUUUUUUGUGUUGUUUU